AUGUUAAGACAGGAGGUAGAGUCAUUGAGGAAGGAUAUAACGUCCAAAUUAGAUACGUUAACCACAAUAACCGAUGGAAUAAAAACUCGUCUUGAUGAUCUAGCUUCAGAACAAAACAAAUUGAAACUAAAGUGUGAUGAUUUGGAGAAGAAAAACACGGAAACUGCAAAUCAUGUACGCUCAUUACAACAAGAAAUAAUUUCAUUACAUCAGAGAAGCAGAAUCGACAAUUUGGAGAUAGUUGGAAUCCCGGAAACCACAGGAGAAAAUCUCAUAAACGUACUCGAACGCCUAAGUAAGCCUCUCAAACUAAAUUUCAAAGAAGAGGACGUUUCGGUGGUGCAUCGCGUUCCAACAAAAAAAGGAGACACUUCAAUUAUUGUCAAAUUCACAUCACGUAGGAAAAAGGCUGCAUGGCUCGCGGCGGCAAAACUGAAGAAGGGAAUUAAGCUGAAGGAAAUCUGCAAUUCGCCGACCGACAAUCAGGUUUAUAUCAACGAACAUCUUUCACCAUUCUUCAAGCGUUUGUUCGGGAAGGCCAAGGAAUUGAGAAAUAAAAAGAAACUCAUGUUUGUCUGGAUCAAAGACUGUAAAAUAUUUGUAAAAGAGAGCAAAAAGUCGCGAACAACAAGAAUUACUUGUGAUGAAGAUCUAGACAUAUUCAACGGUGAUUGA